UUGACCCAUGACGUCUCCUGCCCCAGAGCUCUGGGGGCACGAGCCCCUCCACCAUGUAAAAUCGACCCUUGCAGGAAUCAGUGACCUUCAAGGACGUGGCUGUGGACUUCACCCUGGAGGAGUGGGGCUGGCUGGGGCCUGGCCAGAGGGAGCUGUACCGGGACGUGAUGCUGGAGAACUACCAGAACCUUCUCUCACUGGGCAAUCAACAAACAAGCCUCGCCUUGGCCAUUGGGGCCAAUCAUUAGGCACUUGCUGUAUGCACCUCGUCUGCAGACCGAGGGCCCAGCGCCCAGGCCUCCCUGGGAUUGAUUCUGGCACCCACGGCCAACUGUCCUAUCUUUCCCCAGGGGCAGGGGUUCUCGGGUCCAAACCCGAUGUAAUCUCCCGUCUGGAGCGAGGGGAAGCGCCGAAGAUGGAGGAGAGAGAAGCCCAGCGAGCUACCUGUCCAGACUUGGAGAAAAGCUCUGUGGCUACUCAAGAGACACCUCCCAAAAAGAGCAUUUCUGAAGAGUCAGCUUCUCCAGUUGAGGGAAUUUUAAGGGCUGUACUUGGUGAUGCCAAGUUGAGGGAACUCCGAGCAUGUUGCCAUCCAUUGGAGGACCUGGGAAAGCAGGAGAGGCAUUUGAGGUGCUUAUUUGCUACUACCAAGGGAGACACCUUGGUGGACAAAGGUAUCAGGGGUAAUGAGCUUGGGAAAAGUCUCAGGUGGACCUCAGCCCUCAUCAGGAAGCAAAGAGUGCCUGGUGGAGAGAGGUCCUGGAAGUGGAGUGGGCCAUGGAAGAGCUUGAAACACCAAAGGAUCUUCAUGGAGAAGAAACCAUUUAACUGCACAGAAUGUGGGAAAGCCUUCAUUUACCAUUCGGACUAUAUUCUACAUCAGCGAAUUCACACUGGAGAGAAACCCUACAAGUGCAAUGACUGUGGGAAGGCAUUCAGCAACAGCUCAUAUUUCAUUCAGCACCACAUCAUUCACACAGGAGAGAAGCCCUAUGCCUGCCACGAAUGUGGCAAGACCUUUACUCAGAGCUCAUCGCUUACUGAGCAUCAGAGGAUUCACACUGGAGAAAAACCCUACAAAUGCAAGGACUGUGGGAAGGCCUUCACCCAGAGUUCAUCCCUCAUUAAACACCAGCGAUGCCACACUGGGGAGAAACCCUAUAAAUGUGACCAGUGUGGGAAGUUCUACUCACAGGUCUCCCACCUCACCCGCCAUCAGAAAAUCCACACAGGGGAGAAGCCUUACAAAUGUGGCGAAUGUGGCAAGGCCUUUUGUCACACUUCCUCCCUGACCCAACACCAGACCAUCCACACUGGGGAGAAACCAUACAAAUGCAACGAGUGUGGGAAAACCUUCAGCCACAGCUCCUCCCUCACCCAGCAUCAGCGAGUCCACACUGGAGAAAAACCCUAUGAGUGCACUGAGUGUGGCAAAGCCUUCAGUCACAGCUCGUCUCUGACUCAGCACCAGAGAAUUCACACUGGUGAGAAACCCUAUGAGUGUCAUGAGUGUGGGAAGGCUUACACGCAGAUUUCCCACCUCAUGAGGCACCAGAGCAUUCACAUGGGGGAAAAGCCCUAUAUAUGCAAUGAGUGUGGAAAGGCUUUCAGCCACACCUCAUCCUUUACUCAACACCAGACAAUUCACACUGGUGAGAAGCCCUACAAAUGUGCUGAGUGUGGGAAAACCUUCAGCCAGAAUUCUUCACUCACACGCCACCAGAGGAUUCACACGGGAGAGAAACCUUAUGAGUGUAAAGUUUGUGGGAAAGCCUAUACCCAGAUCUCCCACCUCAUUCAACACCAGAGGAUUCACACUGGAGAGAAACCCUAUGAGUGCAGUGAGUGUGGGAAAGCCUUCAGCCGGAGCACCCAUCUCAUUGAGCACCAGAAGAUCCACACUGGUGAGAAACCAUAUAAGUGUAAGGAGUGUGGGAAAACCUUCAGUCACAACUCAUCCCUCACCCAACAUCAGAGAAUUCACACUGGUGAGAAACCCUAUGCCUGUAAGGAAUGUGGGAAGGCCUUCAAUCAGAGCAUCCACUUGAUUCAGCAUCAAAGGAUUCAUACUGGAGAGAAGCCUUACAAAUGUAAUGACUGUGGGAAAACCUAUACUCAGAUCUCACACCUUCUCCAACAUCAGAAAGUCCACAUUGGUGGCAAACGCUAUGCCUGUAAAGAAUGUGGAGAGGGUUUCAGCUGGAGUUCACACCUUACUGAACACCGGAGACGUCACAUUGAGCAGAAUGCCUACAUAUGUAAUGAUUUUGAGAAAGGCUUUGCUUGGGGCACAAAGCUUGCUGAUCAUCAGAGAACUCAUGCUGACUAGAUAACCUGAGCAUGUACAAACUAGCAGUUCUGCUGUUAGGUUCAGUUCAGCCUUCAUCAAUACUAGGAACCCUAGAAAAAAAUUCACCUUCAGGAAAAUAUGGAUCCAGGUGCUUAAAUAACCUUUCAGCAAUCUGUUCUUCAUCAACACCAGGAACCCCUCCUACUCAGGGAGGAAUGUUAGCACCACAUUUGAGAUAGUUUGUUACUUUGUUUCCUAGAGGGAGGAUGGCACAGUUUAUCACUAGCUGGGAUAGCUUAUGAUAGUUUGGGGGGUUUACCUCACAUAUUUCCUCAACCCUGAAUGUCCCCAGAUGGUGGUAUAAUUAGGGGAUGGUCUAAAAGUGAUGCCACCUCAUCUGAGAUCUUUGAUAAGAAUAAUUAUUCCUGAGCUUUUUAAACUGAUUGAUCUUUACUUAAAUUGGAGCCUGAAUAUUCAGAAGGAAAAAACAGCUAUAAAAAUUAACCCUUUAAAGUAAUGAUUUCACUUUCCUUUAAAACUUUUUUUUUCCCUUAAAACUUUAAGCUACAAAUUUCACAAUCUGUAGUUGGCUUAAAUAAUAAAUAUAUUUCACACAUUUAUAGCCACUUUAAUGUCCUAUUAUUUCUGUUUAUUACAUUUCCAGGAUUUAUGCUUUACAAAGCUAUUACCCUAUUAAGCAUCAUGCUCUUAAGCAUCAUUUUUAUUCAUGCCCAAAGAGAGAUUUUUCAUCAUAUUUUAAACAUUAUUUUUAUUUUAAACAUAAUAUGUAUACUUUUAUAACAGGAAAACAUUGAGGCAAAAUAACAUAUGCUCAUUGUAAGGAUAAUUUAGAAAGUGUAGAGAAGCAUGCAAUAAAAUAUCAAGUCCCUGUAGUCCCACAGCUAUAGAGAAUCAUUAGUCAUUCUU